AGCGCCAGGGGACAAUCAGAGAGGGAGGGAGGGAGAGAGAGAAAAAGCUAGAGUGUGUGUGAGAGAGGUAAGGGGUGGGGGGAAAGAGGAGGGGGAGUGGCCGAAGCUGCAGGCACCACUGAGCACAAUACAGAAAGAGAGAGAGAGAGAAACGAUAGGCGGCAGCAGUAUAACAAACAGCAUCCCUCCAGCACAGAUACAGAGAUAGAGAGAUAUCAUCAAGACAGAGAGAGAGAUCAUCAAGACAGACAGAGAGAGAGAUCAAGACAGACAGAGAGAGAGAUCAUCAAGACAGACACAGAGAUCAAGACAGACAGAGAGAGAUCAUCAAGACAGACACAGAGAUCAAGACAGACAGAGAGAGAUCAUCAAGACAGAGAGACAGUUCAUCAUUACAGAGAGAGAUCAUAAAGACAGAGAGAGAGAGAGAGAGAGAUAUCAUCAAACCAGAGAGGGAGAUUUUCAAGACAGAGAGAGAUCAUCAAGACAGAGAGAAAGACAGAGAUUAUCAAUACAGACAGGGGGAUCUUCAAGACAGAGAUAAAGCUCUUCAAGACAGAGAGGGAGAACUUCAAGACAGAGAGGGAGAUCUUCAAGACAGAGAGGGAGAUCUUCAAGACAGAGAUAAAGCUCUUCAAGACAGAGAGCGAGAUCAUCAAGACAGAGAGGGAGAAGGGAUUAUAUUUUUAUAGCUUUUACUCAGAGUGCUGGCCAGGGCUUGCACAUAGAGAGGAGAGAGUGACACAGACGGAGAUAGAGAGUGGAGUGAAGAUUUUAAUCCUCUUGGCAUGCGAGUGUGUCCCUGGCUGCUUGGAAUGUGUUGCAGCUAACCCGGGGGCCAGGACGGAAGGAACAACUCUCACCAUGCUGGGGAAGGAUUACAUGCUCGCCAUCAUCAUAGUCAAUUAUGACGACAAUAUUUGGAACGACCCAAGCCUUGAUUUGGACUCUGACCUACCGUCAGGGUGGCGCACCAUCCGGGACAGCACUGGCACCUAUUACUGGCACGUGGCCACUGGCGCCACCCAAUGGCAGCACCCGUCCUACAGCACUGAGGAGGACCAGAACUCCAUCAAUGGCAUCACUGCCGCGGACAUCAAGAGCCUGGAGGCUGGGGGCAGACGUGAAUCAAGGGCAAGGCUGACAGAGAGCCCAUUGGCCUCCAUAAAUGACAGGGUCUCCUGGCAGGACGAUUAUUUCUGCACCAACAUUGAUCCUGACUCCAAGUGUUUUGCAGUGCGCUCCCUAGGCUGGGUGGAGAUUCCAGAGGAGGAGCUGAUCCCGGGGAAGAGCAGUCUGGCUGUCAAUAACUGCAUCCAGCAGCUGUCCAGCAGCAAGGCAGAGGGCCGCGAUGACACACUGGGCGCCUGGGGAGAGGGCCAGGACAUGAUGAUGGUUCUGAAGAAGGAUACCCUCAGCCUGAUGGACCCAGUGGACCGCAGCCUUCUCCACUGCCAGCCUAUCACUGACAUCCGCGUGUGGGGCGUGGGCUGCAACAAUGGCAGAGACAGAGACUUUGCCUUCGUGGCCAGUGACAAAGACACCUGUAUGCUGAAGUGCCACGUGUUUCGCUGUAAAGCCCCAGCAAAAACCAUUGCCACGGCUUUGCACAAAAUGUGCUCAAAGAUCAUGGCAGAGAAGACCACAAGAAGCCCAUCUAUGGCCCGCUCCCUCACCAUGGCGACCAUCUCCCCUGAGGACCUGCCACGCCAAGUGGACUUCGUGGAUGCAAUGAGGCAGAGGGUGCAGAAGUUUGAGGUGCAGUACAUCGGAAACCUGCCCGUCUCCAGGGCAAUGGGUAUGGAGGUGCUGAACCGGGCCAUAGAGAGCAUCAUGAACACCUCAGACAGUGACGAUUGGGAGCCCAUCGUCAUCCACAUCUCUGACAGUGUCCUGUCACUCUGGAAAGGAGAGGAUGGAGAUGAUCCAUUUUGGGAAUGUCAAGUGCGUUUGUUGACUUUUCUGGGUGUGGGGCAUGAUACACACACCUUUGCAGUGAUAGUGGACGGCGGGACACAGCGGUUUGAGUGUCAUGUUUUCUGGUGUGAGCCAGACGCAGGGAUCAUCUCUGAGGCUGUGCAGGCUGCGUGCAUGGUCCAGUACCAGAAGUGCUUGGUAGCCCAGACUCCACCACCCAGGUCCAAAAUGUGGCGGGCGGGUUCCAAGGUGAAGCGGGCCAACUCCAUGGACGGCUUCAGUUUUCCAGCUCCCCGUCACCAAGGACUGUCCCCGCCCAAGGCUGGCUCCUCCACCACCAAAAAGGGCAUGCUGGCGUUUUUUGAGACUUUCAGAAAUAAACAGUCAGCCGUUUCCACACCAUAGCAACCAGAUAGGGUGGGAGGGGAUGGGAAGGGAAGGGAAGGGAAGGGAAGGAAGGAAGGAAGGAAGGAAGGAAGGAAGGAAGGAAGGAAGGAAGGAAGGAAGGAAGGAAGGAAGGAAGGAAGGAAGGAAGGAAGGAAGGAAGGAAGGAAGGAAGGAAGGAAGGAAGGAAGGAAGGAAGGGGAGUUGAGUAAAGGGAGGGAGCGAAGGGGGUAGGGAGGGAGUUAGUUGAGUAAAGGGUUGCAUAUCAGAUUUAGGGGAAUAGUAGAAUGAGGAGUUAGAGGCAGGACAAUACAGAUGUAACCAGUCAUUUGAAUGUGAAGUUUGAAGGCUAGCUGAGUUUCUAUUUUACCAGGCAGGGAUGGCCAUUAUCUUAAACAAAACAAACUGGCAGCAUUUCUGCUUCUACUGUGUUUUUGUGAGUAUACAACAUAUCUUAUUUAGGCUGGUUUGUGGUACAGUAACAUGGAGGUGCUGUACUCUCACAUUCCAUACCUUGUUUAAGUCACUAGGAUCUAAACUUGUACUUUUAUGACAAACUACAAACAAAUACACAACAAUAACCCCUUGCUUCUAAGUGAAACAUACAGUAUCAAAAACAUAUGGUGCAAUAAUGGACAACUCUUUAAUAUAGUUUUCUGGUAUUGAACAUCAGCUAAAUGUAACAGUGACUUGAUUCUUGUACAAUUAAUGUAGUUAGAAAGGUUAUAUUAGCUACAUAUACUGUUCUUUCUAAUAAAUGUAAAGUGAUCUUUAACUUCAAAUAUAUACAUCACAGUGUGUCAACCUUAUAGCUUUAUAGUCCUUCUGGCAGUUGACAACAAAAAGUCCUCUAAUGUGAGAUUAGUCGUCAUAAAGAUGGGACAUAAGAUAUCACACUAUAUAUUCCUCCAUUAUUGUAAUUAGACAUCAUGACAAAAUGGAGAAUUAGACCGUUGAACAUCCUAGGCCCCAGUAUGUCAACAGAAAAUGAAGACCAACCGGAUCCGGGCUUUGGUCCAACUCUCUAUUUUGAUGCAACAUACUCAGACAGAAUCCCUUUAGCUAAAAGUGGUGCCAGUCCUACAGUGGCCUUCCCAUUAAAGAGAAAGAGUUUCAGUUCUGAAAAAAAGUUUGUGUUAGGACAUACAACACAACAAGCUUUGUGAAAGUGUUAAACAAAGGCUUAGAUUUGUUUUAAACGGGGAGAGUGUUAUUUCAAUCCAACAGUUUGCUUGAAACCCCUUAAAGCUUUACAGAAGCGCUGCAUGCUUUCGGACAUGCUUGGGAAUGAAAUGCUUUGCUCAGGUACUUUCCAUGCUAUUGGCGAUUAAAAAAAAUAUAUAUAUAUAUAUAUAUAUUGGCUCUCACAAGUAAAAGUGAAAACACUUAGAAAUCAGGUCAAUGACUAAACUCUAAAUGCAACCAGUCACCACCACUGAAAGCUUGUUCCUAUUGGAGGAUAUACUAAACAGCAUUUUCACGAGAGGAAACACCAACAACGAAAAACAUUUUUUUUAUCACUAUUGUGAUUCACCCCAAAAUAAAAACUUAUUUGCACUUCAUUGAAUGAAAUAUGUUAGGGGUUAUCAACAGUUUGUGGGGUGAAAGGCACUUGGUUUAAUGCAUGCUGAUUUUCUAAGUAAUUUGCAAUAGUAGGCCCACAUUAUAUAUAUGAUAUAUAUAUAUAUGAAACACUUGGACACAAAAAGAAUGGCACUUCAGAGAGGUCAUGCUAUAUGUUACUGAUAUGCAACUGCACCUUGCUCAUUCUAAACAUCUAUUAUAUAACAAAACAACUCAGGUCUCCUUAUUAAGGAUCAUGUCAAAGUUGGGGAAAUUAAAAGGCAGAGCUUUGUCAUAUAAGAACAUGAAUGGAGAAGUGAUAUCCUUAUUAUCCAGGAGAAUUAGUUAGGGGCAUUGGUUAGAGGUAGUGUCAUAGGUCAUGUAGCAUUGGUUAGAGGUAGUGUCAUAGGUCAUGUAGCAUUGGUUAGAGGUAGUGUCAUAGGUCAUGUAGCAUUGGUUAGAGGUAAUGUCAUAGGUCAUGUAGCAUUGGUUAGAGGUAAUGUCAUAGGUCAUGUAGCAUUGGUUAGAGGUAAUGUCAUAGGUCAUGUAGCACCUUGAGAAAAUGUUGUUUUUGUAAAUAAACUAGUAAAUAAAUAUGUCUCUCUAUAUAUUUGCAGUACUUUAGCACAGAAGAAAAUAGGAUGUCAUGUAAAUGCUAUUUUUUUUAAUUGUGAUUAUUUCGCACAGUUGUAUCUAACUAGGUCCACAUUGUGGUGGUCUAUGCUGGAAUAAUAAAUUGCUCGUAAAUCCUGUU